AUGAAGCAGCUCCACCGGCAGGCGAGCCUCAGCAAGCAGCACCGCGCGCACCACCGCACCCGCUCCCUCGCCUCCUACCUCCUCCGCGAGCACCGCCUCCUCUUCGUCCUCCUCGGCUUCCUCCUCGCCUCCUCCUUCUUCCUCCUCUACCCCUCCCUCACCCCGCACCCCAGCUCCCUCUCCGCAUCCUCCGCCCGCGCCGCCGAAGUCGCCGUCACCAGAACCCCCCGCGUCUUCUCCACCGCCGCCGCCAACAGCAACGCGGCGGCGGCGGCGGCGCGGCGCCUCCCGGUCGGCGUCCGCAAGAAGCCCCUGCGAGUCGUGGUCACGGGCGGCGCCGGCUUUGUCGGCAGCCACCUCGUCGACAGGCUCCUCGCCCGCGGGGACAGCGUCAUCGUCGUCGACAACUUCUUCACCGGCCGCAAGGACAACCUCGCGCACCACCUCGCCAACCCACGCUUCGAGCUCAUCCGCCACGACGUCGUCGAGCCCAUCCUCCUCGAGGUCGACCAGAUCUACCACCUCGCAUGCCCCGCCUCACCCGUCCACUACAAAUUCAACCCAAUCAAGACUAUCAAGACGAAUGUGAUGGGGACCUUGAACAUGCUCGGGCUGGCGAAGAGGGUCGGCGCCCGGUUCUUGCUCACCAGUACCAGUGAGGUGUAUGGUGAUCCUCUAGAGCAUCCUCAGAAGGAGAGCUACUGGGGCCACGUUAAUCCAAUAGGUGUUAGGAGUUGUUAUGAUGAGGGAAAAAGAACAGCAGAAACUCUCACCAUGGAUUACCAUCGCGGUGCUGGCGUUGAGGUGAGAAUUGCUCGCAUAUUCAACACGUAUGGCGCUCGUAUGUGUUUAGAUGAUGGCCGAGUCGUCAGCAACUUUGUUGCACAGGCUUUGCGAAAACAACCAAUGACAGUUUAUGGUGAUGGAAAACAAACAAGAAGCUUUCAGUAUGUUUCAGAUUUGGUCGAUGGAUUGGUAACUCUGAUGGAAAGCAAAUAUAUCGGACCUUUCAACUUGGGUAAUCCAGGCGAGUUUACAAUGUUAGAGCUUGCUCAGGUAGUAAAAGAGACAAUUGACCCUAGUGCGAGUGUUGAAUUUAAACCAAACACUGCAGAUGAUCCACACAUGAGAAAACCUGACAUCUCAAAGGCUAAAUCUCUUCUCCAUUGGGAGCCAAAAGUCUCACUGAGGCAAGGACUGCCACGAAUGGUUUCAGACUUCCAGAAACGCAUCUUGGAUGAGAAAUGAGGAGUUGGGGUUUCUGAACUCGGAACUGUAUUAUAUACUUCACGGAGCGUUUUUGGUGCCUUGACAAGCUCGGCUACAGGAGUACAGACUACAGAUAACUUACCCAAGAUUCUUCUUCCAGGCAUUUCCUUUAGUGACAUGACAACUGUUAUUCGAUUUUAGUUUCAUUAAUACAUUGGUUUUGUCUCGGAAGUGGGAAUCAUGUGCUCAUGUUCUUGUCAAAACCUUAAUAUAGAGCCUUUUUUUCUUUUGCUUAGAAUGCUAUUU